AAUUGGAAAUCCCACUUGUUCGGGCCAAAGAAGAGUCGCGCAUUCGGCUGCUCGCCGUCGGAAGACUCCGCCGGACAUUAUUAUUAUUAUUAUUAUAAUAUUACUUUAUUCUGAUACGGAAACCUGACAUUGACAUUUGACAUCAUUAUUUAUCUACUUUUUAAUUUUUUCAAUUUUUUAUUCGUAAAUGGAAAACGGUUGAUGACCGCAAACACCUCCCCGUGCGCUCUCUCUCUCUCUCUCGGCGUGCUUCCGUCUCAUUCUGCAUUUUUUUCUCUCUGAAAUGGCCAGCGCUGAUAAUGCGGGUGAAGCUCACCGGAUCAUGGAUUCAGCAGCUCAGCGUCGCCUGAAAGCAAUCCACGGCCAUAUCCUUCCCGCCGCCGGCGACUCUCUGUCGCAUCUCCGAUUGAACUGGACCGCCAGUGAGUUCGUCUCUGAUCAGGGGUAUAGUGUUGUGCUCCCAGAGAAGCUGCACACAGGAAAGUGGAACGUGUACAGAUCUGUACUCUCCCCAUUAAAGCUAGUGAGUAGAUUUCCUGAUCAUCCCAAUAUUGGCACAUUGCAUGAUAAUUUUGUGCACUCAGUUGAGACUUUCCGAGAUCACAAAUAUCUGGGUUCACGAAUUCAGGUCGAUGGAACAAUUGGAGAGUACAAAUGGAUGACGUAUGGAGAAGCAGGUACUGCCCGAUCAGCAAUAGGCUCUGGACUAAUGUAUCACAGGCUAACUAAGGGAUCCUGCGUUGGGCUAUACUUCAUCAACAGACCAGAAUGGCUUAUUGUUGAUCAUGCCUGCUCUGCAUACUCAUUUAUAUCAGUACCUUUAUAUGACACUCUAGGCCCAGACGCUGCCAAGUAUAUUGUAAAUCAUGCUGUUGUACAAGCUAUAUUUUGUUUGCCACAAACAUUGAAUACUUUGCUGAACUUUUUGUCUGAGACUCCAUCUGUAAGACUAGUAGUGGUUGUUGGUGGGGUAGAUGAUCAGUUGCUUGCAGUCUCAUCUACAGCUGGAAUUGAGGUUGUCUCAUAUUCCAAAUUGCUUAAACAGGGCAGCAGUAGUAUUCAGCCUUUUUGUCCACCGAAACCAAAUGAGACUGCAACUAUUUGCUAUACAAGUGGUACAACUGGGGCACCAAAGGGAGCUGUAUUAUCCCAUGGAAACCUGAUUGCAAGUGUUGCUGGGGCCAGCCUUGCUAUUAAAUUCAAUUCCUCUGACAUUUACAUAUCAUAUCUUCCUUUGGCACACAUCUAUGAACGGGCUAACAUGGUCAUGACAACAUAUUCUGGAGUUGCGGUUGGAUUCUACCAGGGAGACAAUUUGAAAUUAAUGGAUGAUAUGGUUGCUCUAAGACCCACUAUCUUCUGCAGUGUUCCACGGCUGUUCAACAGAAUAUAUGCUGGCAUUGCAAAUGCUGUGAAGACAUCUGGUGUUCUUAGGGAGAGGAUAUUUAAUGUUGCAUACAAUGCUAAGAAGCAAGCGAUAUUGAGUGGCAACAAUCCAUCUCUGGUGUGGGACAGAUUAGUAUUUAAUAAAAUUAAGGAAAAGCUUGGAGGACGAGUUCGGUUAAUGGGUUCAGGUGCCUCACCUUUGUCUCCAAAUGUCAUGGACUUUUUGAGGGUAUGCUUUGGGUGUCCGGUUAUCGAAGGUUAUGGAAUGACUGAAACAUCUUGUAUUAUAAGCUCAAUGUCACAGAGUGACAAUCUAUCUGGUCAUGUUGGCGCGCCAAAUUCAGCUUGUGAAGUAAAGCUAGUUGAUGUUCCUGAAAUGAAUUAUACUUCAGAGGAUCGGCCCCAUCCCCGGGGAGAAGUUUGUGUUAGGGGUCCCACUGUUUUCCAAGGCUACUAUAACGAUGAAGUGCAGACUAGGGAAGUUAUUGAUGAAGAUGGAUGGUUGCAUACAGGAGACAUAGGGCUGUGGUUGCCUGGAGGACGCCUGAAGAUUAUUGAUAGGAAGAAGAACAUUUUUAAGCUGGCACAGGGAGAAUACAUAGCUCCAGAGAAAAUUGAGAAUGUGUAUGCUAAAUGCAAAUUUGUUGCUCAGUGCUUUGUGUAUGGUGACAGCCUGAACUCUUCCUUGGUAGCUGUUGUCUCAGUGGACCAAGAUACAAUGAAAGCAUGGGCUGCAUCUCAAGGCAUUAAGGUUGAAAGUUUAGAACGGCUCUGCGGUGACCCAAGAGCAAGGACUGCUGUCCUGGCCGAUAUGGAUGCUGUUGGGAGGGAAGCGCAGCUGAGAGGUUUUGAGUUAGUUAAAGCGGUGACUCUGGUGCAUGAACCUUUUACCUUGGAGAAUGGUCUGCUCACUCCAACAUUCAAGGUCAAGAGACUUCAAGCUAAGGCAUACUUUGCUAAAGCCAUAUCCAAUAUGUAUGCAGAGCUUUCAACGUCUGAUCCAUCUCCACAGAAAAUGUUGUGAAAUAAAGCAGAGAAAGAGACUCGAAAGCCAAGCACCAUAGCUUCCGCCUUGAGAAUGUGGUGGAAGAUGCUGGUGUUAAAAGGCUCAAAACUGACAUGCACGUUGUAGCAUUUAUUCUGAUAAUUUUUUUUUUUACCAUUUCAUUUUCAAAAAUAAAUCAUGGGUAAAUUAAGUUGUAAAUUAAACAUGUUGUCCUCGUUCACUAAUAUAUUUUUUAUCUCGUGUACAUGGAUCUGAGUAUAAGCAUGAAUAUGGAGUAUAUUUUAUGAAUUUUACUGCCAA